AUGACAUUCGCCCUUAUAGUUGUCGAGAUUGCAACAGCACCUUUACACGAAAUCCAGAGCCAGCCAAGUCCUUUGCCACUUGAUUUAGCAAGUAAUGUUCACAGCCGCGCAUCAAAAGCUGUGGGUGAACUUCCUUCUCUAUCAACAGACGUCGGCAAUACUUCUAUAGAGAUGCAUUUGGAUUUCGGCCAAGAAACGGGUCCUACUGGCGAUUUUGGGCAGUCAACUAAUCUUAAUGGAGUCUUCGUCAACAAUUGUACCUUUGGGGCCGAAGGAUUAGACUUCCAAGAUUGGGAGUCACUUGGUAUAGAUCUUCCCUGGAACAGUUCCGUGCACUCCAUGCUGGACAAUCCAUUAUUGGAACUACCGCACCCCAUGGCAUUCUUUUUCCGGAGUCCAAGCGAAGUGUUCGGCCAAGCAGAUACCUAUAAUAUAUCAACUUCUAUGGAUAGUGAGCCCAUGGUCCAUCAACUUGAAUGCGAAACCCCAACCCCGAGCUUUACUCAGUCCUUAGCCAACCCAAGUUCUCAAGGCCAAGGCAGCCAGACAUCGCCUGAAACCACUUCGCACCCCUCUCUCAGAGAUGAUGCCGACCUUGAGCUAUGGAGGGCAGAAGACUAUGGGCAUGUACCCUAUAUAACCAACGAAGCUUACCAAGUCAUGACUUCCACUUUCAAACAACUCAAUAGCGAUAAUGCAUAUUGUAUACCAUUCACGAACAAGCAUUUGCCAUCUCUACAGCACAUGCAGAUCUAUAUGCAAGUUUACUUUGAAGACUAUCACCCCGUUUUCCCUCUACUCCAUAAGGCAACAUUCUCACCUACUAAAGACGACUGGCUACUGAGCCUCGCUGUUUCAUCGAUCGGGUGCCUGUUUUCGAAAACCUUGCAGUCAAGAGAAGUCUACCCCAUCAUGCAGGAAUUUCUACGCCGAGCUAUUCGCAUACAGCUGGAACGAAGUCAGACUUUAACACCCAGUAUCUGUGUUGCUCAGGCUUCCGUCCUGAACCAGAUUGGCAUGAUGUACGGUGGGGAUCUAAGAUUUGCAGAAUGCGCCCAUGAGACAAUGGGACAGCUUGCAACCCAAUGCCGCAAGAUAGCUUCAUUCUCAGCCAACUUAGCCAAGUCGUCACUGGCUGAACAUGCGGUAUCUCAAGACUGGCAAGGAUGGAUCAGGGCGCAAUUAGAGAUUCGUUUGUUUUACUGCGCUUGGCUUAUAGAUAGCCAGCAAGUUGGCUUCUUCGCUUUCUCAUCCACAAUUCCAAUCGACUUUCUUCAGUUUCCCAUGCCAGUCAAUGAACGUGUCUGGGGCAUUUCUACUACCGAGACGUGGAAGCAUAGUCUCACAGAGGAUUCAUCUUCUCAACAAUUAAUCUCUCUCCGCCAGGUGCUUCUGGGCCUUUACCGUUAUCGUGAGCUCCCUGGCCAGCUUGAUGCGUUUAACUCGCUUCUUCUGGUCAUGGGUAUUCUGAAUGACCUCUCUUGGCUUCGUCAUGCUCAUUUAUAUCUGGACAUACUGCAGCGACAUGUCGAGACUUUGCCACCCACAGCUCUUACUCGAGCUUGCAUGACUAACAUUCACAUGGUUUCACUCUUGAUAUACUUCCCGACUAGAGAGGUUAUCGCAUUUGGACGCUGGCGGGUCACUGAAACCCAACAUUCAAUGGUUGUUGACAAACUGAAAAGAUGGAUGUGUAAUCCUCGCAGUGCACGAGAAGCUCUGAUACAUGCAUGCAGUAUUUGGUCCCAGAUUCGUUCAAGCAGCACUAAUGCCCAGCAUGAGGCACCAGCUUUCCUACAUAGCGCUAUCUCCAUCUGGGCUUUGGUUGAGUAUAGCGAAGCACUUGACCUUGGAAAUCUAGAUGAAUCUCCGAUUCUACGGUUGGAUAACCUUAGUCAAGAUGUCAAGUCCUGGGCUGCCGGGACUGACAAGAAACGCCCGUACUUAAGUGGAGUUGGGCUUUUGGGGCAUCAGGGUGCCUUAGCCCGGUUGAUAAGUGAGACCGCAAGAUUCCUAGAGGAAACGAUAGCUUGGCCUCAAGCUCGGAGAACAGGACCAUAUUUGAAACAUUCUUAUGCCGAGUCACAGAGGGUUCGCCAGUGUAUUGAGAAUCCUUAG